AUGGCAGCUACUACUAUUGCUGCUCUCCGGUUUCUUCCCCCAAACCCCACUUCCAGAAAAACACCCCACUUCUUCUCUAAACCAAAUGUCGCGUCACUGCGUUCAUUCUCCCAUUCUUCUCCAUUGUUUUCUCUAUCUCACAAAUUCCCUCUCUCUCUACCUCCCUGCAAAUGUUACUUCACUGCCCCUGUUUCCACUUCAACCUACCAGUUUACUGAUGGUGGUUCUGAGAUGGAGUUAAGAUUACACAUAGGAGACACGGAUAUAAUAAGCACUAAAGACAUAUCUGUUGAUGCAGACGAUACAUCGAUAUCUAUCACUGUAUUGCGGUCGGGAUCUCCUGUUACAUUGAUACAAACUGAUCCUCUUUUUGACAGGAUUAAACCCUCUGAGACAAUAUGGUAUAUAGAUGAUGAUCAUCUUGUUGUGAAUUUCAAGAAACACGACCCGGAGUUGAAAUGGCCGGACAUCAUGGAAUCAUGGGAAUCACUUGCUGCUGGAUCAUCGCAGCUUUUGAAAGGAACUUCAAUUUAUCUUGUUGGCGAUUCCACUGAAAUCAACAAGAAAGUGGCUGAAGUGCUUGCUACUGGCCUCGGAUACACGCCGCUUAGUACACAAGAGUUGCUGGAAUCUUAUACCAAACAAACCGUGGAUUCAUGGCUGCUUGCUGAAGGUUCUGACACAGUAGCCGAAGGUGAAGGCGCGGUACUUGAAAGCAUAAGUAGCCAUGUAAGGACAGUAGUUGCAACAUUAGGAGGUAGACAUGGUACUGCUGCAAGAUCUGAUAAAUGGAGACAUCUUUAUGCAGGAUUUACUGUCUGGUUGUCACAAACUGAAGCAUCAGAUGAAAAUUCUGCAAAGGAAGAGACACACCGAAAUGUCAAAGAUGGCAUAACUGCAUACACAAAAUCAGAUGUUGUUGUCAAGCUACAGGGAUGGGACCCUGACUAUGCUAAAAGUGUGGCACAGGGAUGUUUGAAGGCCCUAAAACAAUUGAUCUUAUCAGACAAGAAACUUCCAGGUAAAAAAGGCUUAUACAUAAGAUUGGGAUGUCGUGGUGAUUGGCCGAACAUCAAACCCCCUGGUUGGGAUCCAUCAAGUGAAGGCGGCGAAACUCUCGGCACACAAUAA